ACUGCAGAGCGGUCCUAUCAGAGCACACUGUGAGCUCAGCUCCUCCUAACGUACGUCCUCCUCCUCCCGAAGUGUUUAUAAUGAGCAGCAGAAACUGCAGACCAUGGGCAAAGAGUCAAUGUUCACGACUAAGAAGACGAGUGACCAGAGGACGAACUCAGAAGAAAUGGACAAGAGACGAGGAUGAAAAGCUUCUGAGGUUGUUGGAUGAGUUUGGAUCAAACAGCUGGCCAUCAGUGUCUCUUCACUUCAAGGGUCAAAGGUCAGAGGUAGAGUGUAGGCAGCGGUGGCAGGAGAUGAAGAACCCAGAGCUUGUCAAAGGUCCAUGGACUCCAGAGGAGGAUGAGAAGGAAGAGUUUGUGAUGUCACCUCCCGUGCAGGUGAUGGGAUUGGUCCAGAAGUAUGGCGUCAAGCGCUGGUCGCUCAUUGCCAAACACGUACAGAGUCGGAAUGGGAAGCAGUGUCGUGAGCGCUGGCACAACCAUCUGAACCCGGAGGUGAAGAAGAGCAGCUGGACACCAGAGGAAGACCUGGUCAUCUGUCAGGCCCACGGCAUUCUGGGAAACCGCUGGGCUGAAAUCGCCAAGCAGCUGCCCGGCAGGACUGAUAACUCCGUCAAAAACCACUGGAACUCCACCCUGAAGAGGCAGGUAGAGCAGCAGGGACACCUGCAGGCCUUGCAUCGUCACAACACCUCACUCACUGCGUCUUCCAUCCCCAUCUCUUGUGGUGGUUCCACCAGCUCAACUCUCGUCCCCGCCCAGGCCAUCAGUGCGUCCAGUGUGUCCAGCGUGUCCAGCGUGUCCAGCGUGUCCAGUGUAAAGGACGAGUCCUUAGAGCAGAUUGCGUGUAGCAGCCACACCUUUACAUGUCACACCUGUGGCCCCGCCUCCUCCUCUAUGUCCUUGUCCUCCUGCUCCUCAGGCUCCUCUCUGAGCAUGUGUGAACUGACAGCACCCGUAGAGUCCACGGCAGAGAAAUUGUGGAACUACCGCACACAGGAAGUGACAUCAUCCCUGUGCCGAGAGUACGCCACACCAUCCACGUCUGACCCGAGUGGGAGCUACGCGGCAGGUGUGACCGAAAGGGGCGGGGCCUCAACCUCGUCCAGCAGGAGCAGCCCGAUGGUCCUGAGCUUCUCACCGUCCGAGUUUCUUUAUCUUUGUGACGUUGAUGACAUGAAUUUGGAGCAUGUGGUGCUUAGCUCCACCCCCGCCUCCACCUCCGUCUCUCUGUGCUGCAGCCACGACGUGGACACACUGGACGCUGACAUCAGUGAGACCAUCAGAUGUUUGUGGGCGUCAGCUCCACAAACACCGACGCCGCUGAAGAUCAGCAGUGAGGACGAGGUUCAGGACGACUGUCUUCUUAGCUCCAUGUCAAAGGUCAUGACUCGGCAGGUCAUGACUCAGCAGGUCCAGGACUCGGUCCUCAGCUGUUUUGCACUGAACGGCCAGGCUCCGCCCUCAUCGUCGUCCUGCUGCUGAGUCGCCCUGGAAGCGAUGAGUCAGCAGUCCUCUGUUGGAUCAACUGUUUUAUUGAUUGAUUGAUUUUAAAAAACCUUUUUAACUUUAUUUAUUUCACCUGGUUCACUUUGUGACGCGUUUGUUUUAUUGAUGGCGCCCUCUGUCUGUCGGAGGACGUAAAGGUCAUGUUGGCUUAGCAUUAGCCUCAGGAGUGUCUUGGCUGGUGUGACUAACACACACGUUAUCGUCAUGGAAACUCAUGUUUAUUUAAACACACAUUUGCUGUGAUUGAUGAGUUUUAUUGUUGUGUCGCCCUCUGUCUGUCAGACCUUUAUUUGUGCUGUAAAACUUUAUUUAAAUAAAGAUGUGAGUGGA